AUGAUUUCCCGCUUACUCUUUGCUACCCUCCUUGGGCUGACCUGUGCCACCUAUCCAACUUACACCACAGGUGGAUCAUAUCUUCCUUAUACAGCAGGUAGAAACCAGGGUCUAGGAUUUCAAACCCUUCCUUAUUCCACCGCUGGAAUAGGAAAUGUUGGCCUACAAACCUAUUUUUCCAGCACGUACAACACAUUUGGCAAUGGAUACUACCCAUCAUCAUCCUACCUACUCAACGCUGCUUCCUAUCCAACUGUGGUCAGCCAUUAUCUGUACUUCCCCGGUGGAAACCCAUGGAAACCUGGUAGGAACUUUAUUGAUCUGAGAGUAAACCCUUACCCCUGGUACUUGGGAUAUUAUGGAGGACUUGGUGACACUGGGUUAGGAAGGACCACUUUCCCGGGAAGUUAUGGGACGUUUGGAGGUUCUUUGGGCUACCCGACUGGUUUUGGUGGAUUUCUUUCUAAUGGAUUAACUGAUAUUCCAACCGCUGGGUUUCCAACUGGUUCCAAUUUUGGUCUUAAUCCGUCUUUCUCAACUCUUACUGGUAGCCUCGGGUUCGAAAUUGGUGGAAAUAUAGGAGGAAACAUCCAUAGAAGUAAGCGAUGCGAUUCUCAGGUCACUUUAUUGUUAAACAAUGAUAGUAGUUAA